CUGAUCUCUUUGCUAUUUCAAUACUCAAAUAAAAUUAAAUUCCAUAUAAACAUUCCUACACUUUAAAACACCUCAACUCCUCCAGAUCUACACUUGACAAUUUUCGUUUUCUCCUGGUGUUAACCACAAUUUUGCAGAUCCAUCCGUCAUGGAUUUCAUGAAGGUCAUUGAUCAAACGGUUCGAGAAAUAAAGAGGGAGGUGAAUCUGAAGGUCCUGAAGGUUCCCGAGAUGGAACAGAAGGUACUUGAUGCAACGGAUAAUGAACCUUGGGGUCCUCAUGGCACUGCAUUAGCGGAGAUUGCACAGGCCACUAAAAAAUUUACUGAAUGUCAGAUGGUUAUGAAUGUUCUGUGGACAAGAUUAACCGAGACUGGAAAGGAAUGGCGCCAUGUCUAUAAGUCAUUGGCCGUCAUCGAGUAUUUGGUCGCACAUGGAUCUGAACGUGCAGUUGAUGAAAUUAUAGAACAUACUUUCCAAAUCUCUUCGCUCUCAAGUUUUGAAUAUGUUGAGCCAAAUGGGAAGGAUAUGGGUAUAAAUGUGAGGAAGAAAGUGGAAAACAUUGUGGCCCUUUUGAAUGACAAGGAUAAAAUACAAGAAGCUAGGAAUAAAGCAGCUGCAAACCGUGAGAAGUACUUUGGACUUUCUUCAUCUGGAAUAACAUACAAGUCAGGUUCAACCUCAUAUAGUAGUAGCAGCUACCAGAGUGGAGGUGGUGCAAGAGAUGGUGAUAGAUUCAAGGAUAGUUAUAGUGACAGGGAUAAAUAUGGAGAAGAUAAGUAUGAGAAGGAUACUUUUGGAAAAUCACGCUCCAAGGUUACAAGCGAGAAUAAGGGGAAUGCAUUGAAGAAGGGCUCUACACGCAAUGGCAGCAAGGAUGGGAACAAUAUUUCAACUAGUGCAUCAAAGUCAUCAACUAAAUUAUAUGACUCAGAUAAGUACAGUUCAAUUUCCUCUCAAAGUUUGAGUGCCCCUCCAAAUAAUUAUGAGGAUGACAUUGAUGAUUUUGAUCCGCGUGGAACUUCCAAUAAUAAGGUUGCUGCUGGAAGCUCUGACCAGGUGGACCUGUUUGGAGAAAGUUUGGUUGGUGACCUCUUGGAUGCUCCAACAUCUGUUCCCACAGAAAAACCUGUUAUGAAUAACAGUUCAUCAGAAGUUGAUCUUUUUGCUGACGCAACUUUUGUAUCAGCAUCACCCCAAGCAGAAAAGGGACCAGGGUCCGAAACCCAGACUAAGGUCGAUCUAUUUGCUUCCCAACCUGCCAUUUCUUCUUCAGCUUCUUCUACAGUGGAUCUUUUUGCCAUCCCCGAUCCAGUUGUGCAGCCAGAAGCAAAAGCUCCGAACUCUGCACCGGCAGACGCUAACAUUUUUGAUCCCUUUGCUGCUGUUCCGCUUAACAGUUUUGAUGGAUCUGAUUUAUUUGGUGCAUUCAGUUCCCAUUCUGAUUCAGUAUCUUCAGAACCCGCACAGAAUGAUGGCAAUGACGGAAGCCAUAUCAAUUUGAGUGAAAAAUCUUCAGCAGACUCGAAGGCUCCACCCAAGAAGGAUAGUUUCCAAGUGAAGUCGGGAAUUUGGGCAGAUUCACUAAGCCGUGGACUGAUUGACCUUAAUAUAUCUGCCCCCAAGAAGGUAUCCCUUGCAGAAGUUGGCAUUGUGGGUGGAUUGAGUGAUGGAUUAGAGGAAAAAGAGAAGGGACCCCCAAGGGCCCCAACAUACUACAUGGGGAGAGCAAUGGGUGCUGGAUCCGGUCUUGGUAGAUCCGGGUUCUCAUCUUCACAGCCAAUGGCUGGAAAUGACAUCUUCUCAAACCUUAGUGGUGAACAAUACCAAUACGGUGGCUUCCAGAAGUAAUUUUUUUUUUUCUUUUCUCAUUUCUGCUCUUUAUCCUUUUUUUUUCUUUCAAUAUUCUUUUGCGUAAUUGGCGAGCAUAUUGAAAAUCUUUGAGCAUUUUGAUGUGCUCAGUUUGUUUCUAUAUACGUUAAGCAAUAUUAUGAUUUGAGAAUGUGGUAGCCAUGACUGGAUAUAUGUAUACUGGAACGUGUCAUAGCUUCCUUGUAAAGUACGAGUCUGGUGCCUUUGUCUUUUGUAACAGACCUACUCCCAUUUAUAAUUCGUACGAGUUAUUGGUUUGAUAA